AUGCAGUAUUCAGCGGUCUGCCGCUUUGCGCUUGCUUUCUUUGCAAUAUCCGUGCCUCCUGUUAGCGGUGCCGACUCUCGUUCCUGCACAGGAAGCAAAAGCUUAGACGCUGGAGAUUUUACUCUCAAAGAAUCAGCCGACAACACCCAUCUAUCUGCUCUUGCAAAGCAUUUUGAGGGCACGGGAAAGAAUGUCAGCGUCACGGCUGUCUUCGAAUCGGCAAAUAGAGUCCUGAACAAGGGGUCACCUUCGGUUGGAACCGGAUCCCCAUCAGAAGCAUGGGCAUGGAAUUCGGGCGAUUACAAGACUACCAAAUGGGUACCACAAGGAAUCACCAGUUCUGCAGAUGCUCUUGGAACUGGAAAGUGGAAUGACCACGAAGCCUGGAUUGUUAGCUGGCAUCGUGACGAUGGUGAUAGUGUUCGACUCAGCUUCGUGGAUCGUAAGACGCACGAAUAUCGCCAUGUUCUCCUGGUUUACCCCACAGCGGAUGACGACUUCAAGGAGAUCGCUAUCCAUGCCGGUGGUAUUGUGUGGUACGGUGAUGUUCUCUUCGUUGUGGACACCAAUAUUGGUAUUCGGGCUUUUGACCUCAACAACAUCUGGGAGGUUGACAUUGCGGAUCCUGUUGGCAAGAACGGCGACGGUUUCUCUGCUGCUGGACACAAAUAUAUUUUGCCUCAAGUCCGCUACUACAAAUGGGCCCCUGGCGACUCGUCUCCGUUCCGCUUUUCAUGGAUGUCUCUUGACCGCAGCGACUCUCCCGAUACUCUCCUGGUCGGCGAGUUCGUGCGUGAUGGUGAAAAAUAUAAAAAUGGCGAUGAUGUGCCCAUCCGACUUGUCAAAUACGACCUCGACUCAACCACCCGCCGCCUUCGCACUGAUGACAAGGGUAUAGCCACUUCAAGCUGGGCUCACUGUGUUAAUAUCCUCCGCAUGCAAGGUGGUGUCUCAUAUAAUGGCAAGUUCUAUCUCAGCCGGAGCAAUGGUCGAGAUCCCAAGGCUGGUGACCUUUUUACCUGGGAAGAGGGAAAGAUAGCGCAACAAUUUCCUAGUUGGUUCAUGGCUGGGAACGAAGACCUUAGCUUCAAUUCCGUGCGAAAGGAGUACUACACAGUUACAGAGUACGAUGGUGGACGUUACAUCCUGUCCUACAAGGCAUGA